AUGUCAAUUGCCGAUCUGACUUUAAAAAGGCUAUCGCGGCCUUCUCUGUCCUACCAGUACCCCUUUCCAGAAGCAAACACGAAGAUCUCUAACAAAGCAUCUUUGAGUUAUCCUUCCGAUAGUGUGGACAACCAGUUUAUUCUCGCCCCUAAUCUUACAUUGCCUCCUGCAUUUGGGUCUGCUUACGUUGGAGAAACAUUUGCUUGCACUCUUAGUGCGAACAAUGAGCUCGCAGAAGAUGAGACCUCGCGUGUUGUCACGUCAGUCCGUAUCGUGGCAGAGAUGCAAACUCCAUCUCAAGUAGCAUCUCUAGAGCUAGAACCAGCGGAUGAUGCACCCGCGAGAGAUGGCCUACAAAAAGGGCAAUCGUUACAAAAGAUCGUACGAUUUGAUCUCAAGGAAGAAGGGAACCAUAUCUUGGCAGUCAGUGUAAGCUACACGGAAACGCUGAUUGGAUCAGACUCGCAAGCGGCCAGUGGGCGAGUGAGGACCUUUCGCAAGCUUUAUCAAUUCGUUGCACAGCCUUGUCUUAGUGUUCGGACAAAAUCGUCCGAGUUGUCCCCACUGGAGGUCGAGAACAAGUCCCUAGGGCCUUAUGGAAAGACUCGGCUGCUCCGCUUUGCCCUCGAGGCGCAGUUAGAGAAUGUGGACUUUUCUUUGAUCCUCGGGACUCUAAUGCUUUCGAUAGCAAACGAAACUGAACCCCAAACCCCCGUUCAAGAAGAAGGACAGCAGGAAGGGCUAGAUGCCCUACAGAAAGAUCUGAAACAUGACGGACGGGCGGUUCUAGGGCAAUUGUCCAUCGAGUGGAGGGGGACUAUGGGGGAUAAAGGGUUCUUGACGACCGGAAACUUAUUGACGCGAAGACGGACAUAA